AUGUCUGGUAUGCUUAGAGCAAACAGGGUUGGCGGCUCUGCCGGGAAGCUUCGUCGUGUCCGCUCCUUUAGCCUUAGCGACGCUUCUUCGAGCGGCUCUUCGGACUCCGACGACGCCGGUGCCCGUCUGUCUGCUGCCAGCCUGGACGAUUCUCCUCCCCGCGUUCGAUUCUCCUCCGUCACCGAAGAGAUCGGUCAUAUGAGCAUUACUUCGAGCACUGCGUCGGCCGCUUCUGACCGCGACACUCGAUCUUCUCCUUUCCAAGUCGGCAACACGCCCGGCGGCGACAUCUUCGAGUCGCCCCCCGCGAAGGCACCCCUGAAGCCAGUCCGGGCCUUCGCUACGCCUGUCAUGCCGUCUAAUAAGGAUGAAAUGGUCAAGGUUCCUGAAAUCGACUCCGAGGAGCGACGCCUGACUGGUUCCGCGGCCACGUCGAACACCAUGUCGUUGACGCCCAGCCAGCGCCCCCUCCGCACAUUUUCCUCUCGACAGGAGAUUGGCGGUAUUGAUGCCCAGGGCAUCUACCCUCCCAGCGCUUGCGUAUUCGUGGCCAAUCUUCCCGAGUCCAAGGACGACCGCGCCCUCGAAGCCGCUGUUACUCGCGAGUUCAGCCAGUUCGGCACUGUCUUCGUCAAGAUCCGCCGCGAGGUCAAGGGAGGUGUCGCCGGCAUGCCGUAUGCUUUUGCCCAGUAUACCAAUGACAAUGAUGCCAAGGUCGCCAUCGACGAGGGUAGAGGCAUCAUGAUUCUUGGCCGUCCUUGCCGCACCGAGAUGGUCAAGGCCAACCGGACCUUCGUCAUCUACAGCCGCCGCGGUGACGAGGUCACCAUCGACACCGCCCGGGAGAUCUUGGAGCCGUACGGUGAGCUCAGCAAGUGCGAGCUGCUCAGCACCCAGAUGUGCGAAGCCAUGAGCCUUCCCACCUCUGUUCUCGUCGAGUUCGCCAAGUUCGAUCCCAAGCGCGAUCUCAACACGGCCGUCCGCCAGCAUGACGGAUACUGCAUCGAUGCCUUCGAUGUGAAGAAGAAGAACUUCAUCUCACGCAGCGACGCAGACGAGGAAUUUCUCCGCAAAUACGAUGUGGACCGUCGCUCUAUCUUUGUCGGAAACCUGGCCCCCGACACCCAAAAGGAAGAGAUCAUGGAUCUCUUCUCCCCCGUUGGCGAAGUCCUCGACGUCAACGUCAUCAGGAAGCCCAACUAUCAUGGCCGCAUCCAGCCUUUCGCGUUCGUCGAGUUCGCCAGGGCUGACAUCCCGGACCAAGCGGUCCAAAACUUUCAUGACACCUUCUUCCGCGGCAACCUGAUCAAGGUCGAACGGAAGUUCUCCAAGCACGCCGGCACUCCUCGCCGCGUGAAGUCACAGGCGUUUUCCAUCAGGUCGACGACCACGCCCAAGACGCCCAGGACCGCCGCGGCCGGCAGGUCGCCAAUGGCUUCCGGUAACCGCUUCUCCGGCAGAGAUCAGACGUCGGCCCCUCCCGCCCAGCAAGGCUAUAACCACCCCGCCGCCGGCCCACCCUUCGUCCCCUUCGGCUACCCCGCGCCGAGCCCCCGUGCCCCGGCCGACGGGCAGCCGCUGCUUGGCGCCAGCGGCCUCCCCGUGACGCCCUCCGCCACUCCUUUCGGGCCCAACCCGUUCACCUACAUGGGCGGCUACUGGCCUAAUGUGGCUUUCGGCCAGGACGCCACCACCGGCCACACCUACUGGGGCUACAGCCCCGUCGACGCCAACAAUUCGCCGGCUGCGCCGGCCCAGACCCCCACCCGCGGCGGUCCCCGUGAGAGCCACCACUUCCACGGUGGCAAUUAA